GCAGCGAGCUUAUUAUUACUAUCUCUCUCUCUCUCUCACGCACUCACCUUUCUCUCUCUAACCCAUCUUUUCUUUUCUCUUUCUUUUCCCAUCUCUGCUUUUUCAGUUUCCUUGUUUUCUCAUUCCAUUUCCAUCCCAUCUCACCCUCUCUCUCUCUCUCUAUAACUUUCUCUCUAGACUACUUCCACUUCACAAGCCACCGGGAAACCAAUCCGCCGCUCAUCCUCCGGCAAUAAUCGACCGCAAUACACGCCGGAAAUGCUACGUAAGCUGGAUUCCCCAGCUAUUCCGCGCCAAUUUCUCCGGCCGUUGUGAGUUAAUCGAACCCAGCAAAAAAGAUAGAGAGAGAAAUUGGAGAAAUUGUUCAAUUUCCAGCUGAAAAAGGGGGGAAAAUGCCAGAGACGCUGCUAUGCGUGAAGCCAGCCGAGAACGAGCGCAGAAAGCCAAGCAGCGAGAAUUCCGGCGACAAAUCCCUAGAUAAUGCUGCAGCCACCACCACCACCACCACGCCGAGAUCAGUGAUAAUAGUGCCGCGCAGUAAAUCUCAGGCGACCUGCCGGCGCGUGACGCCGGCGUCGAUUCCCGACGGUGGACCCGGCGUCAUCGAGAAGCGCCUCCCCAACGGCGAUCUGUACAUCGGGACAUUCUCGAGCAACACACCCCACGGAUCGGGGAAGUAUCUGUGGAAGGACGGGUGCAUGUAUGAGGGAGAUUGGAAGAAGGGAAAGGCGAGCGGCAGGGGGAAAUUCUCAUGGCCGUCGGGGGCGACGUUCGAGGGCGAAUUCAAAUCGGGUCGGAUGGAGGGAACCGGCACGUUCAUUGGGUCCGAUGGGGAUAUGUACCGCGGCUCGUGGUCCGGGGAUCGGAAGCACGGCUACGGGAUUAAGCAUUACAGCAAUGGAGAUUACUACGAGGGGCAGUGGAGGAGGAAUUUGCAGGACGGACAGGGGAGGUAUCUGUGGAGGAACGGGAAUGAGUAUAUUGGGGAGUGGAAGAGUGGGGUGAUUCAUGGAAGGGGGGUUUUGGUGUGGAACAAUGGGAAUCGGUAUGAUGGGAAUUGGGAGAAUGGAAGCCCUAAAGGGCAAGGUGUUUUCACUUGGCCGGAUGGGAGCUGUUACAUGGGGAGUUGGACGAAUGAUUCUCCCAAGAAUGGGAAUCGGAAUCCGAAUCAGACGUUGAAUGGGACUUUUUACCCUGCUCACAAUGGCAAGAAUGGUGGUGGUGUUGCUAACAAUGGGGAAGUGAGGAAUUUUGGGUGUAAAUUGUCGGCGCCCUUGCUGGUUGUGGGGGAGGAGAGUAUGGAUAUGAUGGCGGGGGGAGGUGCGGGAAAGAAGAGGUCGUCUGUUGGGGCGGAUAGGGCGUUCCCGAGGAUAUGCAUUUGGGAGUCGGAUGGAGAGGAGGGGGAUAUAACGUGUGACAUUAUUGAUAAUGUGGAGGCGUCUAUGUUGUAUAGAGAUGGCUUUGUGUUUGAUAGGGAUGCUAUCAAGCAGUUCAGGAAGAACCCUUGCUUCCUCAGUGGGGAGGCGAAGAAGCCGGGGGUGACCAUUUCGAAGGGGCAUAAAAAUUAUGAGCUGAUGCUAAAUCUCCAGUUGGGAAUUAGGUAUUCAAUAGGGAAGCAUGGUUCCAUGUCGCGUAAUCUUAAGCUCAGUGAUUUUGAUCCUAAAGAAAAGUUUUGGACAAGGUUUCCACCCGAGGGAUCAAAGCUUACACCACCUCAUCAAUCCAUUGACUUCCGUUGGAAGGACUAUUGUCCUGUGGUUUUUAGACAUUUAAGGGAGCUAUUUCAAGUUGAUCCCGCGGAUUACAUGUUAGCCAUUUGUGGGAAUGAUGCUUUGAGAGAGCUUUCGUCUCCCGGGAAGAGUGGAAGUUUCUUUUACUUGACACAGGAUGAUAGAUUCAUGAUCAAGACAGUCAAGAAAUCAGAAGUCAAGGUGCUUACUAAGAUGCUUCCAAGUUAUUACCAGCACGUCUGCCGAUAUGAAAAUACCCUUGUAACUAAGUUCUAUGGUGUCCAUUGUGUCAAACCAGUCGGGGGCGUCAAGACGCGUUUCAUUGUGAUGGGAAACAUGUUCUGCUCAGACUACCGAAUUCAUCGAAGGUUUGAUUUGAAAGGAUCAUCCCAUGGACGGACAACCGAUAAACCCGAGGGAGAGAUUGAUGAAACUACAACUCUCAAGGACCUUGACCUGAACUUUGUAUUUCGGCUGCAGACCAAUUGGUAUCAAGAACUUAUCAAGCAAAUUGAUCGCGACUGUGAGUUCUUGGAGGCAGAGAGAAUUAUGGAUUACAGUCUCUUAGUAGGUCUUCAUUUCCGCGAUGAUAGCACUCGAGACAAAAUGGGUUUGUCGCCAUUUCUAUUGCGUACAGGAAAGAGCGAUUCAUUUCAGAAUGAAAAGUUCAUGCGUGGCUGUCGCUUCCUUGAAGCAGAGCUGCAGGACAUGGAUCGAGUUCUAGCUGGCAGGAAACCACUGAUCAGACUAGGUGCCAACAUGCCCGCACGAGCCGAGCGCGUGGCUAGGAGGAGUGAUUUUGACAAGUAUUCCAGUGGAGGAGUUAGCAAUUUAAGACCCUCACGCAGUGGUGAAGUAUAUGAAGUAGUUCUCUACUUUGGGAUCAUUGACAUUUUACAAGAUUAUGAUAUCAGCAAGAAGCUCGAACACGCAUACAAAUCAUUGCAAGUUGAUCCAACCUCGAUCUCAGCCGUGGAUCCGAAACUAUAUUCCAAAAGAUUUCGAGAUUUUGUUGGGAGAAUAUUUAUAGAGGACAGGUGAAGCCAAUGUUGGUGUGUGUUCUUAGGAAAAUCUGGAACCCCUGGCUAGAAUGCCAACGUGCUACACUCCUGAGUUGAGGCUGCAGAGUAUAUUAUGUGCACGACCAGCCAAUGAUGGGUUCAACCGAGCCAAGGGAGGGGCGGAUUGCGCGCGCGGUGCUAUGUUUUUGCAGGAUCAGCCGUGGCUGGCAACUUGUAAGUUUGUUUUGUACAUUCAAAUGUGGGAGGGAACAUUUUGGGAUUUUUUGGGUUCUUUUUUGUUAGUAAAUGUAAGAUUUGUGGAAAUAGGAAAAAAGAAAAGGGAACUGAGCGUUUCCCCCAAAAAAAAUAUUCAAAAAUAUGGGAGAUGGGAUUUGAAUAAUGGCAUUGUACAGCAUACAUGAAAAAGAGUUGGAUAGAAUUAUUAAAUUAUUGAAGAAAUUUUUGUUGAGAUUUCAAA